CAGUUUGAUGUGUCUUCAUGACGAUUUGCCACCAAAUGUCCAAUGCUGACAAAUCUCAGGUGAAGAAUCAGUCCAGGUCCAGGUCUACUCUAAAACUGAAUCCCUUUAAUGUUGUGGUGAAAUGUUUAUGCAGAUCUAUCCCUGACAUUUUCAGUAAAUCUGGAAACAAUCAGACAAACUAAAGUUGCCACAUCUCCUCCUUAGCAGAGCUAAAAAUACCCAUGUACGUGUGGAUAUAAGCUGAACUUGUUAGUCUCUGAGCUGCAGUCCUUGAGUCUUUUUGUCUGUCCCCUGUCAGACCUAUCAGAGGCCAUCCUGCAGUCAAUGCAGCGCAGCCGCCGCCUCCUCUUCGUUCUCAGCCCAAACUUCCUGGCAGAAAAGAGCUUCAGUCUCCUGGAGUGUCGUCUCGGUCUGUACCUCGAGAAUAGUCUCCGAGCCUCUAUUAUCGCUGUGGUUUACCGCUCAGUCAGCAAACUGGCCUGUGUGGAGGUCCCUCAGCUCCGUCAGGCCACCAUCACCACCGUCACGUGGCGAGGAACCCGAUCUGAACCGCGGCGCUCUCGCUUCUGGCUCAGGCUGAGGCUGGCACUGCCCGUCCGCCCCCUCGCUCUGGGCAGGAGGUUGAUCGACAGCACAUCAUCGCACUCAGACCUGGCUGCCAUGGCCCUGCAAAGGGCUCAACGGAUCCAGAGCCAGAGCGACAGAGCCAAUCAGGGCCGGCGAAACGGGCGUACCAACGUUAGCCGCAGAGACAGGCGGACGCGGCCCAGAGGGUACGUAAAGAGAGGGGUCGUAAAAACGGAGGAGGGGCCACAGCACAGAAGGAGCUGUUCAGGGUGCGCUGGGUUUAUGGGUAAUGUAGAGGGGGCAGGGGUGGAGCUUACAGUAGAGACGCAAACACAGCAGGAGUCAUGCGACAGGACAGAGGUUCGUUCAGACCCGGUCCCAGAAACACACCCCAGCCCAGUUCCUGGCUCCACCCAUGAUGCUCACUGCUCUCCUAACCCCACCCCCAUACACCACCUAGAUUCUGACUCCGCCCUCACUACCAGUCAGGGAGACAAAAUGGGGAAACACAGCCAACAGCAGUCGGUGAGCGGUUCCAGGACGUCUGAGGAAGUUCUUCCAUCGUAGGGGGGAAAGGGGCGGAGCUUGUGGUGAAAAUGUUACCACCUCCACCCUUUGAUAAAGACCUUUAUUUCUAACUUAAAGUGGAUGCUGCAUUCAAAUCAUGUCAGGAAAAUGCAAGUGUUUGGAAGGUCAGAAGAAACAUUAUGAUGAGUUUGUCCUGAGGGAGGCGAUAGAGAGCAAAGUCCAGGGGUAAUUCAGAUCUUUAGAGUUCAUCCUCUGGAGAGUAGGAGGUCCGUAUAUUUCAGGAUGAUCUAAACGGCAGAUCUUGAAGGUUUCGGAACUUCUGCAAUGGUACAAGAACUACGCCUACAUGAACAAAAGUACUGGGUCACAUCUCCUAAUUAGUCAGUUUGAAUUGAAGUAGGUGCUGUAACAGGAAACCAUUGUUGCAUCAAGGAGCUUCCCUCCUAAAUGUUUCACCACGCUUUCAGUGGUAUUAUUUCAAAGUGGAAGCUUUUAGGCACUCAGCCAUGCAGUGACAGACUGUGUAAAGUACGUGAGCGGGGUCUCGAGUGUUCAGGCGCACAGUUCGCAAAAGUCGCCGACGCUCUGUUGAGUCAAAGGCUGCAGCGCUCCAAAGCUCCUCUUGCAUGGCCGAGCAGCUCUUACAGCUGUCUUGUGUGGGUGGUCUCGUACUUUUGUCCAUAUUGAGGAAGUUAAUAUACCUUUUAAUCAACCAGAGUAUUGUUUCCCUAAUUUGGUCUCUAGUAAAACUGCAUCAAGGCCACAGAGAAACGCUGCCUUAAGGACAAACUCAGGGACAAAGUUUUCGGUGUCUUUCCUUAAUUCACAAGAUUUACAGCUCACAGUGAAAAUAUGAAACCAACACAUCAAAACACUUUGAAUCUUUAUGGCUUUUAUAAGAGCAUCAACCUCUAAUAAAAUUAAGCUAAUGCUAAAGUGCCAAAAUCUGCAGUUCCUCUAAU